UCUAGAUAUGAAUCUAUAAGUAAUUGGUCUGAAAGUCAUCACUCUAGAUCCAAAAGUCCUUAUUCUGAAAGUAAUCAGUCUGAAAGUCAUCACCUUAGAUCUGAAAGUUCUUAUUCUAAAAAUAAUCAGCCUGAAAGUUAUCACUCUAGAUCCAAAAGUCCUUAUUCUAAAAGUAAUCGGCCUGAAAAUUCAAAAGUCUUUAUUCCAGAAAGCAAUCGGUCUAAAAGCUAUCAUUCUAGAUCCAAAAGUCCUUAUUCCAGAAGCACUCGGUCUGAAAAUAAUAAAUUAAUGUCUACAAGUCCUCGUUCUAAAAACAAUCGGUCUGAAAGUCAUCGUCCAAGUUCCAAAAGUCUUUAUUCCAGAAGCAAUCAGUCUGAAAGCUAUCAUUCUAGAUCCAAAAGUCCUUAUUCCAGAAGCACUCGAUCUGAAAAUAAUAAAUUAAUGUUCACAAGUCCUCGUUCUAAAAACAAUCGGUCUGAAAGCUAUUAUUCUAGAUCCAAAAGUCCUUAUUCCAGAAGCAGUCGGUCUAAAAGCUAUCAUUCUAGAUCCAAAAGUCCUUAUUCCAGAAGCAUUUGGUCUGAAAAUAAUAAAUUAAUAUCUACAAGUCCUCGUUCUAAAAAUGAUCGGUCUGAAAGUCAUCGUUCAAGUUCCAAAAGUCCUUAUUCCAGAAGCACUCGGUCUAAAAAUAACAAAUCCAUAUCUAAAAGUCCUUAUUCUAGAAGUGAUCUGUCUGAAAGUCAUCGUUCUAGGUUCAAAAGUCCUCAUUCUAAAAAUUAUCAACCUGAAAUUCGGCAUCGCAUAUCCAAGAGCCCUUGUUCUAGAAAUUAUAGAUCUGAAAGUCAUCGUCCCAGAUCUAGAAGUCCUCGUUAUAAAAAUAAUUGGGCUGAAAAUCACUCUAGCGAAGGAUAUAAAAUUGAUAAAUUAUUAAUUCGAUUUAUUUACAUAUACAUUAACAAUUCUUAUUCAUAUAACUAUAGAUUUCAAUUAAAUUUAUAUGUAAAAUCUUCAAAGCCAACUGCAUUAGAAAAAAGCUCUAGUUCUAGUUUAAAGACAACCAGACGAAGACAUAGUUCACCAAGAAUAACUAGACAAAGUCGCAUUUAUGAUACAAGCUUUUACAAUAAGGAACAAAGAGCUCCAUUUAAAGCUCCAAAAUGGACGAUUAGUGGGUAUAAUGGUUCAUUAAAAAUGGUGAUGCAAAAGGCCUGCAAAUGA